UUAAAUAUUAUUCAUAGCAUGGAUUCAGAAGAUGAUGGCUCAAUGGAAGAGGGGGAUUUGGAGUAUUUCUCGGAUAAAAGGUCCUACAAAUUCCUUCUCAGCAAUCUUGAAGAGGAUAAACCCUCUAAAAAAUCUAAAACCACAGAGGAUGUGUACGAAGAGAAGAGGUACAAGGAGGAGAAGGGUAAGCCAGUAGAGGAGAUACACCACUUGUUACCUUUCAAGACAAAAGAGGGGCUCCAACAGCGGUCUAGAGUCAUUGAGAAGGAGAAGCCGGAGGUUGAAGCAGCACCAGAGCCGGUAGAGGAAGAGUACCAACCUACAUCUGUUUCAGAACUUUACUCUUUGAGACAACAGUAUAUUGCUAAAGCAAAACAGGAUAUAGCGAAGCUGUGCUGUGGAAUAACAGAAGACCCGUAUAAUAACAUAGCGGCAAUGAAGAAGCUCCGACAUUACUGUGCUACUGAGGACAGCAAGGCUGGUCAGACUGUGAGAAAGUUAGCUAUAAUCUCUCUGACUGCUAUCUACAAUGACAUCCUGCCCUCUUACUCCAUCAACCCAUCCAAGGAACUAGAAUCUCUCAGCAAAGAGGUGAAAGUGCAGCAUAGUUAUGAGACUGACCUCUUGAGGAACUACCGUGUAUUCCUUGACUUGCUCUUUGAAAACCUUAACGUUGCCUUCAAGAAUAAGAAGCGAGCAGAGAGAGUAGCAACAGAAGUGUUCCAAGCCCGCCGGAAUCUAGGACUCCUCUCCCUAAAGUGCAUGGCAGAGCUGCUCUCAAAGAACUACAACUUUAACUUCAGGUCUAACAUUGUGGUUACUCUGAUCCCUUACGGGGCUAGUAAAGCUAAGGGGGGUCAGCUGGCUGAUGUCGUCACUGCUACUAUAGUUGAGAUAUUUGAAAAGGACAAGCAAGGUGAAUGUUCGGUCGAGAUAGUCAGAGUGAUAGCCUCGCUAGUCAAAAAGAAGGGCAGCAGUGUUAAUGGUAAGCUGAUCAGCUGUCUAAUGCACGUGCGCCUGGUGGAACUAGGGGAGGUGAAGAGAGAGGAAAAAGAAAAGUUACCGGACACAGCCAUGCUCAGCAAGAAACAGAGAAAACACAGGAAGGAACAGGCUAAAGUGAGGGUUGAGCUACGUGAGGCAGAGGCAGUGGAGAACAAAAAGAAGAAGUUCAGGCUUCAGUCAGAAUCACUCGAUCACAUAUUUGUGACGUAUUUUAGAGUAUUGAAACAGUUCCACGAUACCCCACUUCUUCCUCUUGCCUUAGCUGGUUUAUCCAAGUUCGCUCACCUGAUAAACGUUGACUUCUUCACCGACCUGUUCGAGUGUCUGAAGAGUAUUAUAAAGGAGGAAUCACUGAACCUAGCGGACUCGCUCAACUGUGUCUCUACUAUUUUCACCAUCUUAUCAGGCCAAGGAUCAGUUCUUGAAGUUGACAUAGGAGAGUUUUACUCCUUACUCUACCAAAACAUCCUCCUCUUCACCCCUGACACGCCCAUGAAGACCUUCCACCAGCUCAAAGCAAGUCUCACCAGCACCCUAAAACGUAAAGUACCCCUCGCCUGCCAGAUGGCAAUGGUUAAGCGCCUCUGCACCAUGUCCACCCACUUGAACCCUGAACAAGCCCAUAUCCUCCUCUGUGAGUCCAGGAAGAUCAUCAGAACCGCCCCGAGGAUAGCUCAGAUGUUAGAAUCAGAUGAGGACUUCGGUAAGCCUUUCUACCCGGAAGCAGACGAUCCUGGUCAGGCUAAUGCUGAGGCGGCGGUUCUGUGGGAACUGUCUGCUAUUGCAGGGCGGUCUUAUCAUGAGUCUGUUAGGACUACUGCCAGGCAUCUCAGUAGGUACGAUCCUAAUUCUACUAAGCGUUCAGAGGUCGACUAUUUUCUGAAUAAUAAGUUCAAACGCAGUGCGGAGUGCUGUGUUUUGUUGGAGGAGAGUUUCCCUAAUAGUUGUAAGAAAAUGCAUAAUAGACGGGCACAUUUAAAUGGUCCGUUAACGACCGAUCAACAAACUGAUGAUGUCAAACAUUUGGAGUUUUAUAAUGAUAUUAAAGCAAAUAGGUAGGGUUUUUUUUAUGAAACGAAGGUUUUAUUUUACGACUUUGGGGUAAGCUUGAUUAUUUAAGUUAUGAUAAGCCGACAUGUUAUAUGGAAACUUAUACUGCACUGGAUAAGUGAAUAUUAAUUAAUUAACGAGACAUUGUACAUAUAUUCUUGUUUCUAUAUGCUUUAAAACGCUUUCUCUCUCUGAGCUCAUCGUAUUGAUUAUUUAAGCAUCAGUGCUUAACAUGAUGAAUAGACAACCGUAUACAUUUGUUUAAAAAGAAAUACCUUUAUUUUAAAUAUUGGCUUUAUUUGACAUUUUCAGUGUAACCUCUCCAGAAAAUUAUUCCUAUCGAUUCCAUCUUUUUAGGAAGUAUUCCAGCUGACGAAUCUCGCUAUUGACAUCAAACGGUAGAAAUGUUAAAACAGAAUAAUCUUUGUUUCCAGACAUGAAGUUAUUGUCCACAGUUCAACACACUUAGAAAUUCUUAUGAUCUGUAAUGUCUUCAACUAGCAAAGCUUCCACACUAUUCAAUCUCAAAGAUGAGUACUUGAAAGCCAAGUCUGAUACGAACAAGUCAACAGCUCAAGGCCCAAAUAACCACAAGAAACUAAAAGACAUCAUCCACUACAAGAAGGAGGAGAAAGAUAAACGACAGGCGGAGAGGGACGCGAAACAGAGGAAAAGAGAAGAGCGUCUAGCACUGACUCAGAAAGAAAAGCAAGACUUGGAAAACUCUAGGUCAAUCUUGGAAGCGAAGAGUGCUGUUUACGACAAACUCUUAAAACGAGAUGGUGAGUCUUCAGAAAACAUCCUAGUAGAUUUCUCUCAGAAACGUAUUGAAGGACACGAGAUUCCCUUUGAUUACACCUCCAGAACUAGGAACUAUGAUGAGAAUAGCGUACCUGUGGACGAAUCUGAGGCGGAGUACGAUGAAAUUCAUCUCUCGAAUGUCGACAAGGGCGAGAUUCGCAGCAAGGGUGUCGGGUUUUAUAGCUUCUCCAAAGACCCUGAAAUAAGAAAGCAGCAGAUGGAUUUUCUUAAUUCUAUGAGGGAAUCAACAGAAAAGUCUAGAGAGAUCUUCCAAGCCACAAAAACAAAGAGGAAGCAGGAAAAAUUAGACAGACUCAACCGGCUAAGAAAACGGUUAAACAUGGAUCCUUUAACUGUUCUGCCAAACGAGAAAUCUGUUGAAGACGAAGAAAUAGAUCCGAAUGUAUCAGAGAUUGUCACACAGCCAGAGCCGAACUCGACUGCUAACUUGCAAGAUCAAUCUUCCCAGCCCCUGGACGUAGGAAAAUCAAUCGAAGAGAAGUUCCUGAUCAGGGAACAAACACUUUGGGAGAAAAAGGUGGAGGACCUGAGGAAUGAGCGGGAAAUGGAGUUUGCUCCCGUGUAUCCAGGACAACUGUAUCCAGGCAACCAUGAUGCUCCCGUGUAUCCAGGCAACCAUGAUGCUGGUAGGUCGAGUAGGACUGAGGAGCAGGAGUUGGACGAUGAGGAUGAUGCUAUCGUUAACUUUAUAUCUUUUGUCAGACAGAACACCUGAGCUAAUGUUCUAUUAAGUCUUGCAAGGUUAAGCAAGUUACCCUGAAUUCAAAAUGCCAGAAGACGAGCUAAAGCGGAAGAAAUCAGUUUAAAUAAAAGAGACUUCAUUGUUAUGAUGGAUGAUGGCUUGUUGACUGUUCAGAUAAUUGCGUUUUGUAUAUUAUUCUUUGGAGUUAUCUUUGAUUAUGAUCAAAACAUGAUGCUAUCAACUUC